AUCUAUACGAGCCUUCGCUUCAAUUUUGCUUCUCUACUUUGUCGAGCUCAGGGCCAAUCCCAGAUCCGCGUACAAGACCUAUAUCCCUUCCAUUCCUAACUCCCGUCAACUGUUAAAUUCUUUACCGCAAGGAACGAAAUGAUGGCAAUUCACAGCAACUUCCGGACCCAAACACCUAAGACGUCAAACACUUUGACAGCAUGGCGUGUAACAUCGCCGCGGACAAGGGUGGCUCGUCCCAUCCGCGAAAUGCCGCCGGCAUCCUCACCCUCAGCCGUCAGCGGAUGGCCCGCAGCCCCUUCAAUGCGCACCGUAGCGGCAGGUGCCUCGGCCUCCUCCUCCCCCGCCCCCGUCCCCUCCUCCCCACCUAAAACCCGGGAGGAGGAGAUUCUCUCCCAGCUGCGGAACGUGAUUGAUCCGGACUUUGGAGAGGACAUCGUGGCGUGCGGGUUUGUACGACAGCUUCAAGUGGACGAGCAGGCCGGCCACGUCAGCUUCACGCUGGAGCUGACCACCCCCGCCUGCCCGGUGAAGGAGAUGUUCCAGCGGGAGAGUGUACGACACGUAAAGGAGCUGCCCUGGGUUCGUGACGUGACGGUUCGCCUCACCGCUCAGCCGCCCAAGCCGCUGCUGCCGCAGUCAGGCAGGCCGGGCGGGCUGUCGAAUGUACGGCAUGUGAUCGCGGUGUCGUCCUGCAAGGGCGGUGUGGGGAAGAGUACGGUGGCGGUGAACCUGGCGUAUACGCUGGCGCAGAUGGGGGCGAAGGUUGGCAUCUUCGAUGCGGACGUGUACGGCCCCUCCCUACCCCUAAUGGUGGACCCCGAGGUCAAGGUCCUUGAGAUGGACCCCGCCACCAAGGCCAUCUACCCCACGGAGUACGAGGGCGUGAAGCUGGUGUCGUUCGGGUGGGCGGGUCAGGGCAGCGCCAUCAUGCGGGGGCCCAUGGUGUCGGGGCUCAUACAACAGAUGCUCACGACCGCGGAGUGGGGCGAUCUGGACUACCUGGUUGUGGACUUCCCGCCCGGCACCGGUGACAUCCAGCUAACCCUGUGCCAAACCGUGGCGUUCAGCGCCGCCGUCAUCGUUACCACCCCGCAGAAGCUGGCGUUCAUUGACGUGGCAAAGGGCAUCCGCAUGUUCGCGCGCCUGGUGGUCCCCUGCGUGGCGGUGGUGGAGAACAUGUCGUACUUCGAGGCGGAGGGCAAGCGGUUCCACCCCUUCGGGCAGGGCUCGGGCGAGCGCAUUCAACGCGACUUCGGCUUGCCCAACCUUAUUCGCUUCCCCAUCCUGCCAGACCUCUCGGCAGCCGGGGACGGCGGCAAGCCGCUGGUGGUUUCCUCCCCCGCCAGCCCCACCUCCGCCGCCUUCAUGGAGCUGGGGGCGGCGGUGGUGCGCGAGGUGGCACGCAUGGCGGGGCGGCCGGGGACCCGGCAGAGCGUGUACUUUGACCAACAGGAGGAUGCGGUGGUGGUGAUGCUGCCCGGCCAACAGGAGUUCCUGCUGUCUCCGGAGGUGGUGCGGGCGAACGACACGUCAGCAACCACCGUGGAUGAGUGGACGGGUCAACGCAAGGCCCAAGAAUUCCCCCCAGACGCCCGCCCCGCCUCCAUCAACCCGCUAGGAAAUUAUGCCGUACAGAUCAGCUGGUCUGACGGACACAAUCAGGUUGCGCCGUACGAGCUACUGGACGAGCUGAGGAGGUUUGCCGUACCGCGGGGGCAGGGUGCCGUGGUAACAGAGCUGCCGGGGGGGCAGGUGGCGCAGGCGCAGAUGGUUUGAGGAGGAGGAAGAGAGAGAGCGGGGAAGAGGGGGAGGAAGGGGAGGUGCUGGCGUGUGUAGUUGAGCGGAAACAAGAGCAAGCAGUUGGGAUAAGCAGCGCGUGUGUAUAGCCAGCUAGGCCAUGUUCAUCGUGUACGGCCAAGAGUGCGGCCACUUGCAUAGUGAGUUCAGGCAAGAAGAUGGGGUAUAUUCUUCUACAGAGAGAGGGGUGUUUGCAGGGCAAGGUAUAGGGGGGUGAAAGGAUGCAGGCAGGCGUGCGUGGUUAGCCGGUUAUGGUGAACGAUGUGGUUGGACGGCAGAAAGCAUAGACGUUUGGGCUUUUGGCGCAGCCAGCGUAUGAAAAUUUAAUACCAUGGGGUAGGUUUUCAAAUUCCCUAUUCAAUGGUGUUGAUUGACGACGAUGGGCCCGAGAGUGCAUCAGUGCGACAUUGAUGUUGAUGUUGCGGGCGUCAAGACAUACAUUGCUACACAAGCAAGUGCCAUGUGCACCACCAGAGCGUCGUAGCCUUGUUUCUGUGUUCCUUUUAGGUGCAUGAAUAUCGCCUGACCGGAAGGGACUUCCCCUCUCCCAAGCAUUUGCGGCACGCAUCACCCUGAGGGGGGAGGGGACUCCCUGUCCCCCCUUUUACCCCCUCCGCUCCCCCUGCGUUUCUUCCUCCU